CCCUUUUGCCCGCCCCUCCCUUUCUGCGACUGGCUGUUAGGCCCUGGGUCUCCGCCCCACAGCCGUGGGCCUGCGUGUGGGCCUGGGCCGCCUGUCGUACCUGAUGGUAGGAGGCAGUAGUUCCCCGCUUCCCUUCCGCGGGAGGGAGAGUUAGCUAGCCAUCCAAGAAAACACCAUGAAAGAUAACGAUAUCAAGAGACUACUGUAUACCCAUCUUUUAUGCAUAUUUUCAAUUAUCCUAAGUGUCUUCAUUCCAUCACUCUUCUUGGAGAACUUCUCAAUAUUGGAAACACACUUGACAUGGUUGUGCAUCUGUUCUGGUUUUGUAACUGCUGUCAAUCUAGUACUGUAUUUAGUAGUGAAACCAAAUACAUCCUCUAAAAGAAGUUCAUUAUCACACAAGGUAACCAGAUUUUUGAAAUGCUGUAUCUACUUUCUUAUGUCUUGUUUCUCCUUUCAUGUAAUUUUUGUUCUGUAUGGAGCACCACUGAUAGAGUUGGCAUUGGAAACAUUUUUAUUUGCAGUUAUUUUGUCUACUUUUACUACUGUGCCUUGCUUAUGUUUGUUAGGACCAAACCUCAAAGCAUGGCUAAGAGUGUUCAGUAGAAAUGGAGUUACAUCCAUAUGGGAGAAUAGUCUCCAGAUCACUACAAUUUCUAGCUUUGUAGGAGCAUGGCUUGGAGCACUUCCUAUUCCACUGGAUUGGGAAAGACCAUGGCAGGGGUCUUGGUACUGUGAAAUGACUAACUUAAUCCUGACAACCGUAGUGCAAGGUAGGUUUUACUCCCAUUGUAUACACUAGAAAGUCCAAGUGUGAGAGGGGAGGAGUACACAUCUUGCUUAGCAUUACUCAGGUGGGAAGAGGGAGACUUAAGAUUCACAUGAGAGCCCCACUACACCAUGAUUCUUUUCAUUGCUGGAGACUAAAACAUGGCUUUUCUUUUUAAAAAAUGGUCAUAGCUUAGGUCUCUUUGGAAUAGCUAAAGUACUUAUUAUAUUUCAUUUCUUUCCCCACAUUGUUUUCAUUAAAUGCCUUGACCAUUGUGGUAGUGUCUGUAUUUUAGGCCGUGAUUUAUUUGUAGGAGAAUAUUUAAAGCUAAUAUGCAAUGCUUUUGUCCCUAACAAAUCCACACAUGCCUUUAAACUAUGGACUUCAGUGCUACGAUCUUUAAAAAGAUUUGAACCAAAUAAUCAAGUCUCUGCUAGGAUGCUUAUUUCUUACGAAGGUAAAAAGGAAAAUUGAUAUAAAGUAUUUUAAAUAACUGAAUUCGGAGAUUUUGAAUUUUAGACACCUGAGAUUGUCUUUGAAACAAUUUAAAGUUGUUUUAAAAUAUUUGUACUUUUUCCCAUCAGACACCAGAUAAAUGAGGCAUUGUUGUAUUUAAAAACGUUUUGGGUUUUUUUUUUCAGUUUUACCACGUUAGAAAUUUAGUAUUUGUGAAAUAUGUAUAUUCAUUUCCUAAAGUCACAGAUGCCACAGAUAAUUAUUUCAUAAGUUGAAACUAGGAAUCAUAGGAUUAUAACUACAUGAAUUACUGCAAAAUGCUGGAGGGAGAUUAAAACUAAGAUUAUGGAUUUGAUUGAAGAGCUGCAGGUUUUUACGUUAAUUGGUAUUUCCAUUACCAAAGGGAUGAUACUGUGUUUUAGACCAAAAUAAAAUACUCAUUUAUAUGAAUAUGGUUUGUAUGUUUCAACCAUGAGAAAAAUGUGUUAACAUUGAACUGGCAUGAAAUGGUUUUGGAUUGAAAAGGCGUGUUCACUGUAGGGUAAUCAUGUUGAUAAUGCUCUGCUAACAGGACUUUCAUGUGAGAGAGAAUAAUGGUGGCCAAGUUAACUCGUUUGCAUGAGUUGUGACCAGGACCUUUUAGUGUCAUUUUGACAAGAAUUCCAGACCAGGAACUACACACCCCUUCGCAAAUAACUCUUCCUAAAGUAGUAUUCUUAGUCACAGGAGAGUGUAACAUGGAUGAGUGUAGAUUUUUAACUAGAGAAAUGUAUCCCAAUGAGUAGAUUCAUUUGUGCAUCUAUUCCUGUAUCAGACAAUAACAUUUACUUUAGGAAUAUCUGGAAAAACAUACUGUUCAAGACCAAUUUUGGAGGAGAAUAUAAAUGAUUAUUUAUAACCAGUAGGUCAGCAGGCUUUGAAAGAUGAACUCUCUCAGUCAUGCAAAUGCAAAUUUGUGAUAAGCACAAUUAACAAAACAAACAUAUUGAAAAGUAGCUCAUGAGAGAUUGAGAACUGGAUUUUAUCUUCCUUUUUAUCUCGAGAGAGACAGUAAUCAUAAUGGUUGUGAGUUGUUCUAAAUGUCUGUAGGUGUUCUGAUUUGCAGAUAGGUCAGUUUCUCCAUGUUAUCUGUGACAGUGUAAAUCUCCCCCAAAAUUAUAAGUAAUAUUUAUUAUAUUGGAACACAUUUUUAAGAAUUUAUACUAAAAUGUAUCCAAAAUUAAAUAAUUUAAUCUUAGCUUACACCUUUAACUGCUGGGUUAAGGUAGGGGCUCAACAAAUAGUUUCGAAUGAAUGGAGUCAUUCAUAUGAGCCUUUAAAAAUUAACACAAAUGCCUACCAAUGAUUAGUUUAAAACCACUAUCUGUACUUAAAAUUUUGUUUCUUCAAAUUUAUGAAAAAUGACAGCUAGCAGCAUUCCUCCUUCUGAGGUAAGGAUACAGAUGGUUAACGUAAUGCCAGUAUGUUGUACAGCUCCUGAAUUUGCUCUUGUAACAGACAUUUCACAUGAAGAAAAGCAUGUAUUAAAGAUGAUUGCUUUAUGGCUGGGCGCGGUGGCUCACGCCUGUAAUCCCAGCACUUUGGGAGGCUGAGGCAGGCGGAUCACGAGGUCAGGAGAUCGAGACCAUCCUGGCUAACACAUUGAAACCCUGUCUCUACUAAAAAUACAAAAAAAUUAGCUGGACGUGGUGGCAGGCACCUGUAGUCCCAGCUACUCGGGAGGCUGAGGCAGGAGAAUAGCGUGAACCUGGGAGGCGGAGCUUGCAGUGAGCCGAGAUUGUGCCACUGCACUCCAGCCUGGGCGACAGAGCGAGACUCCGUCUCAAAAAAAAAAAAAGAUGAUUGCUUUGCAAGGGUAAAGAAUAGUUCCUACCACUUCCUACCACACAGUGUAACAUAUUACUCAUGAACUAUUCGUUCUAAACUGCCGGUUCUACUUAUUACAUAGUAGUGUCAGUGACCAAAGAAAUACUGUUUGUGUAAGUUUAAUUUUUUCAAGUUAAAACAUGUAAUAUACAGAAUACUGGUACGUGGUACUUUAUAACUUUCAUGACAAAUUUUAAGAGAUUACUUCAGCCCUGCAUUUUAAGUAUAGUAGGUACUUCUGUCCCUGUUCUGUAGGGGAAACUGAGGCUCAGAUGUUAAAAUGAGCUAAGGUCACUUAACAUCUGAUGUACCACUUAUUUUUUAAUUAGAUUUUUCUUCUUCCUGGUAAUUUUAAUAAUUUUACCCACUUGAGUUGUAAUAUAUUUGAUUAUACACCAUAGGUUGUUUCUUCUAUUUACUGGCUAAAAAAAAUGUAAAUUUAUAAAAAACUCUCACUGUCUUGCCCAGGCUGGCCUCCAGUGCUUGGGCCCCUGUCAUUUUGGUGGCAAACACUUGUGAAUGACUUCCUUUACAUGAAUGUCUUUGUUCUAAGUUUCCUAUUUUCUUUAAACAAAAUAAUUAUAUAAAGCCAUCUCAGAUUACCAUAAUUUGGAGAAAUCUUUAUAGCAGUGCAGCUGAAUUAUGUAUUUAUUAGAUAUCACUUCUUAAAAAAAUCCUAUUUGUGGCAGGAAGAACGUUGAAUAGAAACAUGUCUGUAUGUGAGAUAAGGAAAUAGUUUUAAAGGAAAACCUUAGGAUCUAAUUAUGAAAAUACCUGAUUAAGCUAGGAUUUACAAAUGAAUUCUGUUGCCAUAGUGUAGUUUAAAAAUUUUUAGAAUAAUUAUAAGAAAAUCAGUAGGAAACUUGCUUGAGGAAUAGUUCUUAGUGGGCAGCCUCCCUCCUUUUGCUGUUCCCUAUUUUGAUAAUCUAUUUUGAUCUUCAAAAAUCAUGAAAACUGCCCUUAAAGAAAUUCUCUUUUAAAAAAAUGACAGGGUUACGAUUAAGAAAUGCUUAUUUCAGGAAAGCCAAGGAGGUACUCUUGUAAGUACAAAGCCUGACCCAUCAUUAACAGUCUUCAAAGCCAGUCCACAUUUUAAUUUGCUGAUGGCAUGCACUUCUUGAUUUACAUAACAUGAAUAACCAAGUGUUCCAAGCCGUAACCCUUCAUUAGACAAAAUUUUUUAACAUUUCAUUUUUGGCAUUCUGUUGGAGGUGAGGUGUGGCAGCUGUUUAAAGAAUGUGCGUGGUGGUAUGUAUGUGUUUGAGAACAAAGAGCCAUACUGAAAUUACAAAAUGAUUAAAAUACAAUUUAGUAACCCAAAUUGGAAUCUAGCUGGGAUUCAUGAGGGAUUACUAUUCUCCCUAUACUUUAACGGUGAGCUUUUUUUAGCAGAGUAUAGGGACUCAUACUUUGCCAAUGAUUAGUAGACUCUCAGCAUAAAUAGAGGAAAGAUUAUUAUCCUAAAUGUUUACAUAGGGUAAUAAAUGAAAACUACUAAGGUAAAAAGUUCAGUGCUUUACGUAGAUAGUAAACUAUGCAUAGUAUUUUAUUUGUAACCCCAUGUGUUAAGAAGGGACACUGUUAAAGUAACAAUCAUUUAAAAGUAACAACCAACAAACUGGUAUUUAAUUUGGUAUUUUAAAUAGUUAAAAAUCAAAUGGAAACAGUGUCUAAAGUCACUAAGAUAAUUCAUAACAAAACCCAUUAAUGUAAGCUCCACUUAUUGUAAAUAGAAUUCACCAUGAGCUAACCUAAAAUGUACCUGUGGAGAUAAAACAAGAGUGUAAGUUAGCAAAGUAUUAAAUAAAAUUUCAGGGAGCCCCUAAAUUUAUUUGUAAGAACUUUAGAACUAAUUCUCUAUAUGCAAACACUGAUUAACUCAAAUAUCUUGUAAGUUCCUUCAUACAUGGCCUUAUUUGAGGCAGUGUAUUUGUAUUCACUAGCAAAAUUCAUGUCAGUAAAAUAUUUUUGAAGCAGUUUAUUUCCCAGAUACUUCACUAGUUUGAAAUAGUCAUUUCAGUGAUUAGUCUGAAUUUCUAUUGAAGACUAAGCUUUGAAUGAAGACAUGCUUCUGAAAAUAAGGCAGUUUUUCUCUAGUCUGCUUAUCAAUAGAAAACAAAUCUUUGGUUUUUAGUUAAAGUGACAGGAAGGAUUUUUGCAAAAAGAAAGACUAAAGAACCAAAGCAAUUAAAAAGCUCUUGAUAAGCAAUGGGGAACUCCAAACCCAUCAAGGUCAGUAGAGUACCUAAGGCACCUCAGCUUCAGACGUGACAGUCAUCUUUGCUUAGAGUUCUGAUAAUCUAUAUACAUGAUUUUUACCAUCUUGAGAAUGUGAAACUGAAAAGGUAACAUCCAACAAUGAUUACUGUGAAUAAGAAAAUUAUUGUGAUAAAUGGGAGAGACGUUGGAGAUCUCUGUUCUACCUCCCAUAUUUAUAAUGAGGAAACCAAAUCCCAGUCAAGAAACAGGUGACACCAGUUUGUGUCGACAAAUUCCUAAUCUGUUUCUGUUAGGGCAGGGCAAAUUCUAGACUUUUAACUUUGAAUUAGUAAACCAAGUGUGAAGGGUUUCAGAGAGAUGAAUUGGAGCCCCCUCCCCCCCCAAAAAAAAUCCUCAUAAAUCCCCAAAGGCAAGUUGGAAAUGUAUAAUAGUUUACUGUUGUAAUUCGUUUAUACCAUGUGUUGGACAACUUAGCUAAUAUGUUAAUUGAUUUAUACAAUUCCUUUCAAUUUUAUCUAAAAAUAGCAGACCAAAAUUAAAUAAGAAAGUUACAUAAGAUUCCAUUUGAGCAUACAUAAGGCCAUGAUACUUUAAUGUGAACCACCAUUUCUUGGAAGAAAGAAGACAUCCAAAUGUCCGAUUCAGAGAGAAAGUUCCUGGCCAGUCAUCCAGUAGACUCUCUCCACUCUUCAAUGGGAAGGUGAUGCUUAUAUUUUUAAAAAUCUCUACAAAGCUCACAUACAACAAGACAGUACAUCCUAGAUUUGUGACUGAUAUGAGCAUUUAAGGCUGUCAUUUUCAAGUAUAAAAGUUUAGUGUUCCAUUACCCAAUCUGUGCAGUAGACAUAGCUAUAAGCUCAAGUCAUGUGAAUUAACAGAAGCCCACCAAAGACAUUUAAAAAAUUAUAAUUUAGGCAACAGCAAGUUUAAAUGUAGGAAAGGCUAGAAAAAAUGUGUAGAUGAGAUUGUUUCUCUAAAAUGCAUUAGGUUGUUCACAAUGAAGCUUUGUCUAACACCAUUAUCUGAUGCAUGGCAUAUGCAAUAAGGCAGAUCCACAGCAGACCAAACAAGGAAGCUGAAUUAGGUAAUAGAACUAGUAAUUAAGAUGGUUCACCUCUAACACAGUUCUGUGGCCUGUUCCCCCCAGAGAAAGAUUAGAAAGGCUCCAGUGUACCAAAUAAGCUUCACAGAAGAACGUGAAAAUUUUUCUCCAACUUUUUUUUUUUUUUUUUUUUUUUUUUAAGCAGAGCCUUUCACUUAGGGACCAACUGCUUGUAGAUGAAAUAAAUCAACAUUAAUUACUUCUAGCCUGAUGUAAUAUGGCUGGAGAAAAGGGGUCUCUGGAAGCCGGUAUUUUGUUUAACUUACAUUCUAGGUGUGCAUAUAAGUUGUUGCUCUAUAACUUCUGCUGUGGUUCCAACAUCUAUAUCUGAAAGGUGGAAGCAGCUGCUCUGUUACAAUUUUCAUGUAACAUGCUUGGAUUCUAGGUCUUUCCUCUUUAACACAACUUAAAGAAAUUUUCUUGUGGUUUGGUCAGCAUACACACUUCUCAUUUCAUUUGAUGUACACAGCCAAAGUGGGAAUUAAAAAAAAAAAUUACCAACUAGUUCAGAGAGCUAAAUUGAGUCCAUCAUUAUGGCAAAGUCUGACCCAAAAUUUUAAUUUGUAAUUUUAGCAUGUGUCUCAUGCACUUUGGGGAGCGUCAAACUAAAUCUACAAUUGCCAGAAGCCUUGUUACAGUUUAAUGCACAUUAACUAAAAUGUGUACAUUUUUAGUGUUCAUGAUAAAUGCAGUUAUGACCUUAUUACACUUUUGGCAUUCUUUAAGAAAGCACAUUAAGCUUUAAUAUAGAAAUAUUUAGGUUACACUUGUGCUCAAGUAAUAAUAAAACAUUUGUUCUUUUUUGAUCUCAUACAUUCUCUCCUCAGGUAUGGCCCAUCUCCUGUACGCUUGGAGCGACCUUUGGCUACGUGGCUGGCCUUGUUAUUUCACCACUCUGGAUAUACUGGAAUAGAAAGCAACUUACAUACAAGAACAAUUAACUGGAGCAAAGGGAGAUAUUUCUUUGUGCAGAUUCUGUAAGGGCUGUGCAGAAAUGUGUAUGGUCAAAGCCAAGCAGUUCCAUUUACAGCUCUGUUUUUUAUGUAGUUACAACAUGAUGUGAUUGUAGCUUUUUAAACUAUGAAACCCCUGAGAGAUUGUACCUUCUAGUUGAAAUAAAGUAUUUAUAAUA